CUACAGUACCGCGUUUCCUUAGACGGCGGCGCUCCACCCACUCCUCCGCCGUACCACCACUUGGGAAAUAUCUAGCCAGCCUCCCAUCCCCACUCAAUAAUGCUGGUGCUCCUUCCUGGAUCUCACAACAAGCUAGCUCAACGAGUCAACUGCUCCGGCCGGCCGGCGGGCUUCGUGUGUGCGCCUGCAUCAAUCCCCGCCCGGCUACUCUGCUGCCAACGGCACACGUCCGGUUGACAUCUAAACAUGUCCGAUGUCAUGGAUGAAGGUUUAUGGUGCGAGCGGGUGUUUAGAGACCAUCAACUCUCUGUGAUGCUUCCCGUGGGUGGAACAAUGGCUGUUUAUUUCUUCAACUCCGACGGAUUGAUCCCACGCCGAUACAAUGCAAGAAUAAUUCGUACUGAUGAGGGUCGGGAUCUUGCUUGGCUGCGGGCUCAAGAUGUCUAUGAACCAGUGACUUGUCUGAGGUUCUUCGACCCACCAUAUGCUUCUGGGUGGAAUGUUGUUGCGCUGGCUUAUACCACAUUGGAUGGUUCUUCUGCUACUAUUCUAGAGCCAGGGACGUAUUCUGGUCAAAUAACCAAUGAACCAGAUGAAGUGUCGCUUACCUGCAGUUGUACAUCUAAGCAAGGUGCAUCAGGUUCACCUCUUAUUUUGCCACGGAUAGACAGGGUAGUUGGGGUGCUUGCCGGAGCUUCACAUGCAUCGGUAUACGCUGUUCCUGUCACACAUAUAAGGGAGUUCUUAAUAGAGUGGCUUGGUGGAGACGAAGACCUGAACGAAGUACGAACUGCUGGGUUGGUUAUGCUUGUCGCAAAGGGCCAAUAGUACGAUGAGGACUUGAACACUGGACGGAAACUUGGGGAGGAAGAACCAUGAGAAGUUGUCAGAAUUUAUCCUAAAAAAAGUUGACAUGCGCGUGGCGUAGUUCUAGGUUUCAUAGUUAGUAUGCUGGAAUGUUUUAAUCCUAGACUUUGUAGCUAGUCAUUGGCUGGGCUUUGCUCAUUUUAGAUUGUAUACUGAUCUACUACUUAUUUCUUUCUUAACUUUGCUACCUUAUUGUCUUGCGGUUUGAAUUAUGUCACCGUAUUAAUUUCUCUGUGUGUUAGACAAACAUGAUAUGAUUAAACGUGUGUUAAUUCGUUCCAUUGUUAA